UUUUACUCGUUUUGUUUCAGAACUCCGAAAUAUCGCUGUUUGAGACGAAUAUUCGUUUCAUGGGAAGCCUGCUUGCCUGUUACGCUCUCACGGGAGACGUGAUGUUCCGGGAUAAGGCGGCGCAGCUCGGCGAACGGAUGCUGCCUGCCUUCCAGACGGAAACCGGAAUUCCUCAUUCCCUCAUCAACCUCCAUACCGGGGCCAGCAAGAAUUACGGUUGGGCGAGCAGCGGCUGCAGUAUUUUAUCCGAAAUCGGGACGAUGCAUCUUGAGUUUACCUACUUGAGCGAUAUAACGAAUAAUCCAGUGUUCAAGAGCAAAGUUGAGAACGUAAGGAAGGUCCUCAAGAGUCUAGACAAACCGAAGGGUCUAUAUCCGAAUUAUAUCCAUCCGAGGACAGGAAAAUGGGGUCAACAUCAUAUGUCGCUCGGUGGACUCGGUGACAGUUUUUAUGAGUACCUACUGAAAGCUUGGAUCCAGUCGGGCAAGGACGACGUCGAGGCACGUGAAAUGUACGACGAUGCUGUAUCCGCUAUAACUGAGCACAUGAUCAAGACAUCACCUGGCAAACUUGUGUACGUGUCGGAUUUAAAAUACGACAGGCUCGAGCACAAAAUGGGUCAUUUAGCUUGCUUCGCCGGCGGUAUGUUUGCUCUGGGCGCUAAAACUCUGGAAAACGAGUUGUCUGACAAAUACAUGAACAUCGCCGCUGGUUUGACCAACACGUGUCACGAAUCAUAUGACAGAAGCGCUACGAAACUCGGCCCUGAAGCUUUCCACUUUAUCGAAGGCAACGAGGCCAGAAGCUUAAAGAAUGGCGAAAAAUAUUACAUUCUACGACCGGAGACCUUCGAAUCCUACUUCGUAAUGUGGCGGUUAACAAAGGAUCCAAAAUAUCGCGAGUGGGGUUGGGAGGCGGUUCAAGCAUUGGAAAAGCAUUGUCGGGUUCCCGGAGGAUUCACGGGGCUUAACAAUGUUUACCUAGUCGACUCGGCGAAAGACGACGUCCAACAAAGUUACUUCUUUGCUGAAACAUUGAAGUAUCUCUAUUUGCUCUUCAGCGACGACGAUCUCAUAAGUCUUGACGACUGGGUAUUUAACUCCGAGGCUCAUGUGCUUCCUAUCAAGGGCAAUCCUCUGUACCGCCCAGCUCCCUCUUUAUAAGCCAGACAAGUUCACAACAGAUUGAAUGAUACUGACAAUUCUCGUUUGGCAGUGAUGGAACCGACAGAGAGAUAUAUAUAUUAUAUAUAUAAUACGACGAUACACAGUGGAUCAGAAUUAAAUAGUGACAAAAGACUGAAGAAAUUCACUUCGAAUUAACGAGGCGCUCUUUCCGUCAAUUCUUUCUAUACUUAAUAUUAUAUCGAUUGCGAAAAAAUAUAUGCGACGAAACAAAAAUGCAACUGCAUUUUUGUUCCUCUAUUUUCCUUUAUUCGUUAUCCUAAAAGCGUUAACUUGAUGAUAAUAAAGAUGUUAUUUGUAUAAACAGCGUUACGCGACCUAUUCCGAUUUUGACCCAUUGUGUAACACAAUAAAAACUGCGAAUUAAUGAAGAGAACGAAGAAGAAUUAGUCUGCCCUUCGAUUCGCGCUUAGAGCGAUUCGAAUACAUUUUAAAUUAAAAUAAUUAUUUUAGGUAAACGAAAGAGAGAAAAAAAGUCAGAGAGUAAGAGAGAGAGUGAGAGAAAGAAAGAGCGCGAGGAGAAUGAGAGUGAGAAAGAGCAGAAUGAAAAUGUUAACGAAUGUUAUUUAAGCCACACGUUUGUAAAUAGCAAAAAUAAGGAAAGUGAGAGUGAGAGAACGAGCAAGAGAGAGAGAGCUAUGAAAAUAGGAAAACAUGUUGCGAGAAUGUGAACGUUUCGCCUAUUUCUUUCCCCAACCACAGCGCAAAGCGAUCUACUUUACACUUAAAUUUAUAUUCGUAACGUUAACAUUUUUAACAUUCUCUAAAGAUCACGGCAGGGUAGUCGGUAACAGCCGCGUUCCUUUCUUUUUCGUCAAUAGUUACUCUGGACGCACAUGUAACUCUACCAGAAAGAAGCGUUAUUAAGACUGGGAAUUUUAUCACAUAUAAAAUAUGUGAUACAUUAUAUAGAUUAGAAAAGAAAAACAUUGAUUGAAUUAAUAAAUCAAAUUGUUGUUAAUAUGUUUGUUUAUGUACAAUAUUAAGUAUCUCUGUCAAUAUUCUUUCGAGCGUUAAAUUUUGACGAGUUACACUGCGUACGAAUUCAAUGGAUUGUCGUUGUUAAUUGAAACUAUGCGUGAAUUGUUUUCAUAUAAUAUGACGAAUGAGGAUAAGUUUUACGUCGACAGCAAGCAUCGAUAUAAACUUGUUUUGUAAAACUUCGGAAAUGAAACUGUCAGUCAAUCAAAAAAAAAAAAAAAAAAAAAAG